CCUUUCUCACCCUGUUUACCACUCUCUCAUUCUGAAAAUAAAAUCUACCGAUGGAUACAAAUGUUUUACUUCAAUACCUACUAUACAAAUUGACUAAAUGAGUCAAUUGUAAGAGAAGUAUGAGAACGUAUGAGAAAGUGUUUAUUUUCACGGUACGUAAAAUCCACCAGAUUACGCCUUUUCGCAGUAAAUUUGAGAACGUUCAUCUUUUGAGAAUACUGUUUGCAGUUUUAAUUGCAGACCCUAGCCAAAUUUCCAUCUUCUUGGUUUCUGAAUGUCUAUUAUAUAAGGCCAUGGAUUGAAGAUACUUUGUUGAACUUUCUAACAGAAUGCGGAUCGUCCAAUGUACAAGGAAACACAAACUAAAAAUGCUAAACUCAUACGCGUCCAAUAUAUUCUAGCUUUUUGAUUGUUCGUACAAGUAGUGCAACUUGGAGAAUGUAAAUAUAAAAACAAGAAAGCAACAACAAAUAAAUGGGCUUAUUAGUCUACAAGAGACAUGUAUGAAACUCUUCGAUCUCAGAGAUUUAAUGUUUGUUACUUGAUUAAUGGAUGUUUGUCACAGUCCAUGUCACAGUGUUUCAUAUAGAUCUACUUCACAUUAUUGCAGCUUAGAUGACUGAAAAAUAUUGAAAUUCAAAAAUGGGAUGUACAGGAUCUAAAACAACAGAUGCGACAACUACAAAUGACAUUACGGUUGAGUUGCCCUCGGAAUUCAAUGAUGACAUCAUUACAAAGAUAAUACUCAAAGCUCUGGACAAAUCAGAUGUUUCAACUGCUGUGAAGAUUAUUUUAAAAUAUGCUUAUGAAGAUCUGAUAACGUUGCCUCACGCAUACAGUGAUGCCUUUUCUGAGGACCUUUUCGCAUGCAUUAAUAAAGUCUGUACGAAUAAAUCACUCUGUUAUGCCCUUACGCUUGGACUUAAUACCAAAGAGAAAAACAUGGCGAUGGAUGUGCAUUCUUGCUUACAAAGGGAUGAUAAAAAAACAUUGUUUGAGAUUAUCUCAGCUGGGGACAAAUCCGAGUUAGAAACUUUGGAUGUAACUUAUGAGGCUAUAUAUAAAACAAUACUUGAAGAUGAUAUUAAGAAGGCAUUUGAUCCACAGAUAGCAGAGACCUUAGUUGCAUUAAAGAAGGCAGAAUCUUCAUGUUCCAUAGACAAUACCGAGAUUGAUGAUUGUGCAAAUAAACUUGUCGAGGCUGCUAAUUCUGACAGCAUUUUCACAAAUGAUAAGAUUUUCUUUCAAUACCUGACAACAAAAACCAAGCCUGAAUUGAAAGAAAUCUUUGAAAUGUUUCUGAAGAAAGCGCAGCGUGAUAUCACAGUUGAAGUAGAAAAGUUUUAUCCAUCUGAUUCGCCAGAGAGGAUAUGCUACACAACGGCAUGUGAUGUGAUACGCAAUACCCCUCUAUAUCACGCCCAGUCGAUCCACAAUCUUCUUUCCAGUGACACAGAAGAAGAUAUGAAGCAACUUCUGUACAUUAUAAUGAUUCAAACAGAGAGUAAAAUCAAGGACAUUAAACUGUGUUAUAAAAGCACCUUUUUCCAAACCCUAGCAAUGGACAUCAAAGAAGAGAUAUCUGAACCAACUUUGCAGCAAAUAUUGCUUAAAUUUGUUGGCAAAGGGUAGUGACAUUAAGGUACAUGUCACAUGUGGAAUAAAAACAUUUU